AUGGCAAUGAAAAUUUUUGGAUUUCGAUUAACAUGGCAGCGCUUAGUGAUGACCGGCACAGCUGCAGGUUUGGGAACCUUAGCCCUUAUGGAAUAUGCACCGAAAAUGCUGGAAGCUAAAAGAAUGCGCGCUACUCGACUUCGCAAACCUCCACCGGAGGAGGAACUUGCGCUUUUUCGUGGACCUCUCACCAGCCGUCAACAAAAUAUCAAUCGCAUGAUGAAAGGUGACGAGGUCUUUGAUAUUUUGGUCAUUGGAGGUGGAGCCACCGGCACAGGUGUUGCGCUAGAUGCUAUUACUCGAGGUUUGACCACCUGUCUGGUGGAAAAGCAGGAUUUUGCCUCUGGCACGUCAAGUCGUUCGACAAAGCUGAUCCACGGUGGUGUGCGUUACCUCCAAAAGGCCGUCUUCAAUUUAGAUUUGGAGCAAUACCGUAUGGUGCGUGAGGCUCUAAGUGAACGGGCCAACCUCCUCGACAUCGCUCCGCAUAUUGCCCAUCCGCUUCCUAUCAUGCUACCUAUUUACAAAUGGUGGCAAGUACCUUAUUACUGGCUGGGCAUUAAAAUGUACGAUCUGGUCUCCGGCACCCAAAUUCUCAAGUCAAGCUACUUCCUCAACAAAUCACGCUCUAUGGAGAUAUUCCCACACCUAAAAGAAGAAAAACUGAAAGGUGCUCUCGUAUAUUACGAUGGUCAACACGAUGAUGCACGAAUGUGUCUAGACGUCGCCUUUACAGCUAGUCGGUACGGCGCCGCCAUUGCCAACUAUGUAGAGGUCGUGGAACUGCUCAAGGGACCAAGCGAUGAUCCCAAGCAGAAAGAUGCCUCUGGAAGGCCGAAAUUGGUCGUCAAUGGGGCUCGCCUCCGCGAUCUCCUUUCAGGCAAGGAAUUCGUUGUCCGCGCUCGUUGUAUUGUCAAUGCCACAGGUCCCUUUACCGACGAAAUCCGCAAAAUGGAGAAUGAUAAACUUGAUCUCAUCUGUCAGCCCAGCUCUGGUGUCCACAUCGUCCUUCCUAACUAUUACAGUCCGGAGAACAUGGGCCUUUUGGAUCCAUCCACCACCGAUGGACGUGUCAUUUUCUUCCUGCCCUGGCUUGGUCACGUUGUAGCCGGAACUACAGAUCACCCUUGCAAGGUGACCACUUCGCCUGAACCAACAGAUGACGAUGUUCAAUUCAUUCUCUCAGAAAUUAAAAGCUAUCUAUCACCUGAUCUUAAAGGCAGGCUUCGACGGGGUGAUGUGCUCUCUGUGUGGUCGGGGAUUCGUCCACUGGUUUCUGAUCCCACUUCCAAGGAUACACAAUCAAUUGCGCGUAACCAUGUUAUCACGGUGGGUGAGAACAACUUGAUCACAAUUGCUGGAGGGAAAUGGACCACAUAUCGCAAAAUGGCUGAGGAGACGGUGGAUAAAUGUGUUAAGGUGAAUCAUUUUAAAGCUCAUUUGUUUUCGAUUCGUGGAAGUGUCCUUCAUGAUCUGCAGGUAUGCGGUCUCAAGCCGAAAUCAAAGUGUCGCACUGUGGGCUUGCGCCUAAACGGUGCGCAUGGGUGGUCACCCAAUCUAUUCAUCCAACUGUCCCAGGAGUACGGCAUUGACCGUGAUGUGGCCAUCCACCUCGCCUCAACUUAUGGCGGUCAUGCUGUUAGAAUUGCCCAACAGGCCAAACUCACUGGUCGUCGCUACCCUCUAGCAGGACGCCGACUUCAUCCCGACUUCCCUAUCAUUGAAGCUGAGGUUAUAGAGGCAUGCCACCAGUAUGCCUGCAAUGCCAUUGAUUUUCUUGCCAGAAGGACGCGUCUGGCCUUUCUGGACGUCAGGGCUGCAGAGGAGAUCCUGCCCAAGUUGAUUGAUUUGAUGGGUGCUGAACUCAACUGGUCCGCACAACGCAAGAAGAGAGAAUUUGAGAACACAAUGAAUUUCCUCAAAACGGAGAUGGGUCUUGAUAUGAAACGCGUCAAGACAAUUCCUGCCAACUUUUCUAUGGAGGAAGUGGAGACUAUAAGAAAGCAGUUCAGUUCUAUUGAUGUUGAUGGCAAGGGCUACAUCACUCUGAACGACCUCCGCAAAUUCUUCACGAAACAAGGUGAGAGUGUAAGCGACGAUACGUUGGAAAACAUUCUCUCUGAUCUUGAUUUGGACCGAAACGGUGAAAUCGACCAGGUCGAAUUUUUUGAGUUUAUGAGCUCCCUAAAGACCGGUGCUGUUCCACACCACACAUUGAAGAGUGUCCUCAAUCGUCCUGCCAUUCCAGUUUCGCGAAGUGGCGGGGGGGUCUAA